GGGCCAUGACGUCUGUGUGAGAUGGACAGCCAAGCGCCGGCGCGGAUUUCCUUAUUCCUUCCCUCUAGAUAAGGUGGUCGAGAGCGGAUCGCAGGGCGCUAGGAAAGACCGUGACAGCGCCUGCGCGCUGAGAAAAGGCGGUGCUUCUGUCCCUGGGAUCUGGCACAGGGGGCGGGGCGAUGUCGACUGAAGUUGUGGUGCUUCUCGCUCUCUUUUCCCUCGCUCCCUGGCGUCUGCGCGCGGAGUGAAUUGGGAAGAGCUUGUCUCCCUGCUCGGCUCGGGCCCGUGUUUGUUAUUUUGAGGGGCCUGAAGGGAAGUGGUGCCGGGCGCGCCUUCUCAAGGUGUAGGCUGAGUCCCGUCUGGUGUGGCUGGCUAUGUAAAGAUUAUCUCGCUGGAUAUUUCUUUUCAUCUGGGUUUGGUAAUGCAUAAGAAGAGUGGCUUGAAAUUAUAAUGGAUUUUAAGUGGUACCAUCAAAAAAAUAGGCUUUAUAAUAAAUUUUAUGUCUGAUAAGUUGUACAGCUUUUUACGUACAACGAUGACAACCACUCAUAUGAAUGGCCAUUUAACAGAAGAUUCAGACAGUGAAACAAAAAAUGUGGAACUUGCACCUUUAGAAGAGCCUCAGAAACAUAGAGAGAUGGCUGUUGAUUGCCCUGGUGAUCUGGGCACCAGGAUGAUGCCACUACGAAGGAGUGCUCAACUUGAGCGGAUUCGACAACAGCAGGAGGAUCUGAGGCGAAGGCGGGAAGAAGAAGGAAAGAAACAGGAACUGGACCUAAAUUCGUCCAUGAGGCUAAAGAAGCUAGCUCAAAUUCCUCCUAAAACUGGAAUAGACAAUCCUAUGUUUGAUACAGGCGAAGGAGUUAUUCUGGAGAGCCCACACUGUGCUGUUAAAGUCUUAGAAGUUGAUGAGCUGCUAUCUUCUCUUAAACAUGUCCAGCACACUCUGAUAGAUCCCCAAAGCCAAGAGGAAAUUUCUCUAAUAUUGCAGCUAGUCCAAAACACUGACUUUCAGAAUGCAUUUAAGAUAUACAAUGCUGUUACAGUUCAUAUGAACAAAGCAAGUCCUCCAUACCCUCUAAUCUCCAAUGCACAAGAACUUGCACAAGAGGUACAGUGUGUGUUGAAACCAAGUCAUCAGAAAGAUGGGGUGGAACUUAAUUCUAUAUUGAAUGCUCCUCAUAUUCAGGCACUGCUGUUGGCUCAUGAUAAAGUUGCUGAGCAGGAAAUGCAACCUGAGCCAUUAACAGAUGAAAAGAUUUAUGAGAAUGUUGGUCUGUAUGGAGGAGAGACAGUUAAAAUAGUCCGUAUUGAAAAGGCUAGAGAUAUUCCAUUGGGUGCUACAGUACGCAAUGAAAUGGAUUCUGUCAUCAUUAGUCGAAUAGUGAAAGGAGGUGCUGCAGAGAAGAGUGGCCUGUUGCAUGAAGGAGAUGAAGUUCUUGAAAUUAAUGGAAUUGAAAUUCGUGGAAAAGAUGUCAAUGAAGUUUUUGACUUACUGGCGGACAUGCAUGGCACUUUGACAUUUGUGCUGAUUCCCAGUCAGCAGAGCAAGCCACCACCUGCAAAGGAGACAGUGAUCCACGUGAAAGCUCACUUUGACUAUGAUCCAUCUGAUGACCCCUAUGUCCCUUGCAGAGAGUUAGGCCUAUCCUUUCAAAAGGGAGAUAUACUCCAUGUAAUCAGCCAGGAAGAUCCAAACUGGUGGCAAGCUUAUCGAGAUGGAGAUGAAGAAAAUCAGCCUUUGGCAGGCCUUAUUCCAGGAAAAAGCUUUCAGCAGCAAAGAGAAGCCAUGAAACAAACUAUAGAAGAAGAUAAAGAACCAGAAAAAUCAGGGAAACUUUGGUGUGCAAAGAAAAACAAAAAGAAACGGAAAAAAGUUCUGUAUAAUGCCAAUAAAAAUGAUGAUUAUGACAAUGAGGAGAUUUUGACUUAUGAAGAAAUGUCACUUUAUCACCAACCCGCAAAUAGGAAACGACCUAUUGUCCUGAUCGGUCCACAGAACUGUGGCCAGAAUGAACUGCGGCAGAGGCUAAUGAAUAAUGAAGCUGAUCGGUUUGCUUCUGCAGUUCCUCAUACCACACGAAAUAGGAGAGACAAUGAAGUAGCUGGCCGAGAUUACCAUUUUGUGUCACGACAAGUAUUUGAGGCUGACAUAGCUGCUGGGAAGUUUAUUGAGCAUGGUGAAUUUGAGAAGAAUUUGUACGGCACCAGCAUAGACUCUGUCCGGCAAGUGAUCAAUUCUGGAAAGAUAUGUCUCUUAAAUCUUCAUACACAGUCACUGAAGAGCUUACGUAAUUCAGACUUGAAGCCAUAUAUUAUCUUCAUUGCACCACCUUCCCAAGAGCGGCUUCGUGCAUUACUGGCCAAAGAGGGCAAAAAUCCAAAGCCUGAAGAAUUACGAGAAAUCAUAGAAAAAACCAGAGAGAUGGAACAAAAUAAUGGCCAUUACUUUGAUACUGCAAUUGUUAACUCUGAUAUUGAUAAAGCAUAUCAAGAACUACUUCGUUUAAUCAACAAACUUGAUACAGAACCUCAGUGGGUCCCAUCCUCCUGGCUACGAUAAAAAGAAGUCUUUGGCCAAGAGAAGACUGGCUCAUCUCUGAUGUUUGAUAACGGGUUAAGCUCUUUCCCUCUGGGUAUGUGAUGGUCAGUGCAAAGAAAUCAAGCAAACAGAACAGUUCUGGUGCAAUUUAGGAUAUAAGAACUUUCACCAUCUUUUGAGCAGACAUGGACACUGAACAAGCCACUACCUUUUUAAAAAUCAUUUGAGUUAGCUUUUCAAGCAGCUGCUUUAAAUUACAUUUUCUGUUUAGAAUUUUUCUUCAAAAUUGACAGUUAAAGCAAGUUUUAUAUAUGUACAAUCCCCUGAUUGUUAUAAGUAUUGGUUAUUAUUUAACACUGUUAACUUAAUUGUCUUGUGGACAUGCUUGUAGUUUGCAAACAUACCUUUACAGAAUUUGAAUAGAGGAAUUAAUCUGAAUUCUCUUUCAGUGGUAUAAAGGGGCCACUUUGAUCUGGGGUUGCCCUGCUAGGCUUGAAUUUGUUACUGAUAAAACAUUCCAUUAUCUUGAUAGCACUGCAGUUUUGAACAGAAAAUAUGUAUAAUGUAAAUAUUUCAACUUUUUUGUCUUGAAUUAUUUUGUAAAUCAGAUUUGAUGACUUAUUAAAUAGCCCUAAAUCUCACAGGACAUGAAUUCUAUAUAUAAGCUGAUAUUUUAGAUGUGAUAUUUUUAAACUUACUGGUUGGCAGCCACUGUUAUCCCUGUAGAAAAAUUUAGAAGGGAAAGAAAGGUUAUAUUUUUAUGAAAAUAGACAUUCUUAUAUGGAUUUUUAAAAAAAGGAUUUGCUUCCUUAUAAUGUAAAAUGUCUUUUAUAACCAAGAAAACAGACUUUGGGAUGAUAAACAUCAGAAUAUAUUCUUGUAUUUUUUUUACCCAGUUACAAAAUGUCUCAUGGCUGUUUGUCAUAUAGGUAGCUAAUUGGAGUUAUUUAAAUCAAGUUAUUACCCUUGGUACUGUAAAAUAAAAUUAAUAGUGAGAGAAUGUGAAUGGCUAAAUUAAAAAUUUGGCAUAUUCUCUUUUGUAGAACCAGCAUAUCUCUACGUGCAAUUGAAAAUACCUUUGAAGGUCCCAAUAUUAUGUUGAUUACAUUUAUAAAACAUCUGCCAAGUGUAGCUUGCUUUUUGAAUUUUACUACUUUUGUUGCUUUUUUGGUGGCAUCCUUGAAUGUGAAUAUUAAUAGUUUUCUUUUCAGUCAUAGCUUAUUUUUUUCUAUACAGUCAUACACUGGAAGUACUUCAACAUAUAUGAAUAGAAUAGUGAAGGAUUUAGUUGUCUUUCCAUAUUUCAUUUUUUUUUUUGUAAAAGGUUCAAUUGAACAAAUUUACAAGAUUGAUAACUUUUCAUUUUCACAGCUGAACAUAUUAUUCAUUGGUGCAUGGAGUAUGUGAAAAGCUUCAUUUUUACUUAAAUGGAUUGGAAGAAUUUCAUAAAUGAAGCUAUGCCCUCACUGUAGAGGAGAAGGAAGAGAAAUUUAGGAGAACCCAGAGGCUCUACUCCUGUGUAUGCUAUACACAAAAAGUUUUUACACUGCAACAAAUUUAUAGAGAGAUCACAAAAUCACUCAGAUGUGCCUCCAUCCAAUAAAGCCUUUUGGGUAGGAGAAAGAAAUAAUAUAGAAUAAGCUGUGUCACUAGAAAGCCUGCAAGUAAUUGUUUGCUUGGAAUGCCAGGUGAAAAGAGGAGCAUGUUGGUGUGGGGUUUCUUUAGUCAUGAGCAUUAAGACAUCGUGGGCCAGUGCAGAUAUAAUUUAAAAAUCAGGAAUGGGCUGUGGGGGCUUAACCAUAUCAUUCCCUAAACAAUAGGUAAGGCAAGUCUAUGAACUGACAUUUGAAACUGAUUACAACCUUUUUCUGAUUAGAGAUUAAUCAUGGUUAAAAUUAAUACAGACAUGAAAAUGUGUAUUUAACGUUAGUGGAAUUUGUGCACAAGGGAAUGCCUAGUCAGGGUGCAAAAUGUUAUAUUUCUUAUCAUUUCCUUAGAAUUACGAAGUAUUGGUUGUCCCUCAUUUAAGAGGCAUAGUUCUAAUUCGUGAGAUAUAAAUUUCUAAUUACUUCAGUAGCCUUGAGAAAAAAAAAUCUGAAAACUUUUUUGAUAUUGUAGGUUAAAUGUGACAUUAUCACUUAAAUCUUGAUUGUAAUCAAAGGUAAAAUGCUGCAAUUGGUAUCCCACACCAUCAGUAUGUUAAGCAAUAAAACUCAUUUUAUUUCUUUGAUUACUGUUUUUUGAAUUCUUGAUAUGGUUUAAAAUUUAAUUGGAAUAUAGUCUUUGAAUGAACAAACUACAAAGUGUAUUUGCUGUUCUUUGCCUUUGUUUGGCCUAAACAUUCAUAUUGAGCUCAGGUUAUAGAAGUGCAACACUGGUAGGCUGCAGUGAAGUCUUAAGGAAGACCAAUAUAAUUGAAUCAAAAUGCAUCAAUCCUUCUGCUGAAGUGUACAUGAUAAAAGAGUGUUUUCUUACCUUGUCAUGGGAGAAGAAUGUGCUUGUAUAAGGGAAGUAAAUAAGAAAUGUGUUCCUAUGCCCUAUGGUAUUCCACAUCACAAAGAGCAAAAAAGUUGGUAAAACUUUGUUCUAGAUAGAUUACUUCCUUUGCUAAUGGGUCUCUGUUGACAAUACAUGAAUGUAAUUGUGUUUAAAUAGGAUGACUUAACAAAAGGCAUAAAAACUUGACUUAUGGUAGCCCUAGGUUGUAGCUUGAUACCACGUACUCUAUUUUGAGAUGUUAAGAACUGCACACUAAUGUAAAGAUGUAAAAUAUUUCUCAGCAUCAAAUAAAUCACUGUAACUUUA